AUUUUAGAAAGAGGGAAAAUUGACUAGCUCUGUUCGCAUCUUUCUCUUGCUAUAUCUUCGCUAGAAUUUAUGUUAAUGUAAUACCCCUAUUACUCUGCUACAAAUAUAUUUAAGAUGACGAAAUUACCCUAUAUUUAUCAUCAAAAUUUCGAGAUUUACCUGCCCUUGUGGAUAGAUUCUUCUAUCUUCGGUCAAAGAUCCUUCUCUCUGUUUCAACACUGAUCAAACACAUACGCAUACAUAAUUUUUUUCUUUUUUUUUUCCUCUGUUCCUCAGCUCAUGGAAACAGCGUGAUUCUUUAUUCAGUAAGUGAAAAAAAUAAUUAAGAAGAAUGGAUUUAAUGGAAGGAGUAGGAGAAAGCUCUUCGCCGCCGAGGAGUACUAGUGGCGGCGGCUAUGGCGGAAGUUUCAGUAACUACGAUGUGAGAAACGAUGUGUAUAAUCGGUUAAUAGAGAGUCGUCAUGAAGAAGCUAUCUCUAAUCCGGAGUCGUUUCGUGAGCUUCUUGAUGCUCACUUCAAUCGCUUGCCUCCUAGUUAUGGACUUGAUGUCAACAUGGAUAGAGUGGAGGAUGUUUUGGUACAUCAAAAGCUUCUUGCAUUGGCAAAAGAUCCAGAGAAACGGCCUGCUUAUCAUAUUCGAUUCUUGGAGAACCACUGCACUAGAUCAGAUGAUGGUGAUGAACAACAAUUUAUGAACAUCAUUUCUGUCGAAAAGAAUUUUGAUGCAGACACUAGAGGAGAUGUACCACAUAAGAGAUUCAAAGACCGUGACGUUGAUUUUGAGCCCUGCUCUAAGCUUGAGGAUUUAAACUUGGAUGUUAGGAAGACUUCCAAGGGCAUUGAGGAAACAUAUAAUACAGAUAACAUUUCUAGAAGGCAAGAAGCUGUACCUGUUCCAAUCCAUGAAGUUAUUUUUUCCACCAUCGACAAGCCAAAGCUUCUGAGUCAGCUUUCUGCUCUGCUUUCAGAUAUAGGACUUAACAUCCGCGAAGCACAUGUUUUCUCCACAACCGAUGGCUACUCUUUAGAUGUAUUUGUGGUUGAUGGAUGGCCUGUUCAGGAUACAGAUGGAUUGCUUGAAGCUAUGGGAAAAUCCAUUGCAAGAUGUGAGGGGUCGUGGUCUGGUUCUUUGCAUUUUCAUUUAGCAACUGAUAAAGUUUCAGCAGCACCGACACAAUCUGGGGAGUGGGAAAUUGAUAGACGAUUACUGAAGUUAGGGGAAAGAAUUGCUUCUGGUUCUUGUGGAGAUUUGUAUCAUGGAGUUUACCUUAGUCAAGAUGUGGCUGUUAAAGUUCUUAGAUCUGAGCAGUUAAACGAUACUCAAGAAGAGGAGUUCUCUCAAGAAGUUGCAAUUCUAAGGAAGGUCCAACAUAGAAAUGUCGUUCAUUUUAUUGGUGCAUGCACGGAGUCUCCACAUUUGUGCAUAGUAACAGAGUAUAUGCCUGGUGGAAGUCUCUACAGUUACUUGCAUAAAAACCAUAAUAAAUUGAAGCUUCCGCAGUUAUUGAAGUUUGGAAUAGAUGUUUCCAGAGGAAUGGAGUACUUGCAUCAAAACAACAUAAUUCAUAGGGAUUUGAAGACAGCAAAUUUGUUAAUGGACAGUCACAAUGUUGUCAAGGUGGCAGAUUUUGGAGUUGCUCGGUUCCAGAAUCAAGAGGGUGUAAUGACAGCGGAGACUGGAACAUACAGAUGGAUGGCACCUGAGGUUAUAAACCAUCAGCCAUAUGAUCAAAAAGCAGAUAUAUUCAGUUUUGCUAUUGUCCUGUGGGAACUGAUAACAGCCAAGGUGCCAUAUGAUACCAUGACUCCAUUACAAGCUGCCUUGGGAGUAAGACAGGGGCUACGUCCAGAUCUUCCUCAGGAUGCACACCCAAAGCUAUUGGACUUGAUGAAGAGAUGUUGGGAAACUACUCCAUCCAAUCGUCCAUCCUUCUCUGAGAUAACAGUUGAACUUGAAAUGCUUCUCCAGGAAGUUCAGGAAACUACGGAUGCAGCAAACGACAGCUGAACUAACUGCAAAAUACAGUAUUCUAACCCUUACAUUUUGACGAUCCCUUUUUUGUUUGUUGUUGUUCCUUGAAAAAUAGUUAACUAGAGUUUUAUGUACAAUCGAGGGAAAAUGAUUUUACCACGGCUGCAAGUACAAUACUGAAGAAAAGGAUCGACUCAAAGAUUUCUACUUUUUCUUUUCUUUUGAAAUUCCACAAAUAGCAGCUUCUUGUAAAGAAAUUCAGUUACUUUACGCUCUGUCGUAGAGCUUUUAAAUAGCAAUGUAUGGUUUACAUAUA